AUGCCAUCAACUACUAUCGAUAUAUCGUCAUGGAGCCAUAUCAGUAGUUUAAAAUUAGCUGAUCCAAGUUGUCAUAAGCCGUCUCCGGUCGAUGUACUCCUUGGGGCUGAAAUCUUCGCUUCACUAUUGUUACCCGGUAAUAUUGUUGGCACUCGAACACAACCUUCAGCCAUUAACAGUGUUUUCGGUUGGCUUCUUACCGCCAGAGGGAGAAAGAGAGUUCAUCAAAUAGCGAAUGAGCACGCUGAAAGUGUGACUGUGGUAGGCUGUGGAAACGCUAUAGGAUCAGCUAUUCCGCCAAUGAUACUGUUUAAAGGCAAGAGAUUAAAGCCAGAAUAUCAAGAUAAUUUACCUCCCAGCUCUCUGGUAAAGAUGACGCCAAAAGAAAGGUUGUAUAUAAAUAACCCAGAUGCUAUUCCUGAAGAGGCGUUUGCGCCCCCUGCGUUGUCAGAACUUACAGUUCCUUCAAACAGGGAGAAUAUUACUGUCUUCUCUGAUGCAUUGAGGGAACAGGCGACUUCAACUGGAAAUGUGGAAAAUUCUGAUGGGUCAGGCACAGACACUGAGAAUUUGCCGGUGUCCUUGCUCUCAAAAAACAAAUCUCCGAAUUCUGGAACUCCAAAUAAGAUAAACAAACAGUCAACCACGGCUCAAGAGGUAACAAAAGAUUUGUUUAGUGACAAUGCUACGAAUUCCACAUCACAAAUUACUGUACCAUUCUCAAGAGUAGAAGAUGUUCCUGGUACUUCUUCCAUGAUGAAGAUAAGCACAAAGACACCAAAAUUAGCAGUUACUGGCUUUACAUCUGCACAACCUGCAGUGGCUGCUACACCAUAA